UUGUCUCCUAGAGACUUCUUGGAAUCCCUAGAUGUCACCAGUAUCGUUGUGACAACCAAUUCCCUACUUUUUCUUUUAGUGUCCAAAGGAUAUAUCCGCAGACAUGUUUGCCCGUCUUUGUAGGCGCUUUGGGAGAGUUGAUGUUGAUAGAGAAGAGUCUAGAGUGAAGCAAACGAAACCUAAAGCGGCCUGCAGACAGACGUCAUCCCCUGAAAAUGUCCUAAACAAGGUGCAGGCCAUCGAGGAAGAGGAGAGGCUGAAUAGAGAACUGGAGCUAACUACCAAGGAGAGAAAUGAGCUGACAGAUCGCCUCCUUUAUGUGACAGGUGGAUCCAUGAGCAAGAGCCCCUACUUCAGGCCAAAUCCAUUUUAUGAAAACUUGAAGAUAAAGGAGAAAGAGGUCAUGUCAUUACUGCACAACUUAGACACAAAGAACAUUGAACAUCGUGAGAAAUUUCAGGAGCUCAAGAAGGAGAUUAACUUCUAUCGCAACCUGCACAGCCGGCUCCUUAUGGACCAGGCAUGUAUGAAGAAGAAGUUGGUCACAUUGAAGCAGGAGAGCAAGGAGUUAGAGCGAUAUUUGUUUGAGUUGAACCCGAAUGCUGAAGACGAACAGGAGAAGACCAGCAACCUCCAGACCCAGCAAAAUUUGGUAGGAACAAGCAGCUGAGUCAGAUUAACAAUGUCUGAUACCAUUUGCCUAUUGGAUACAUCUUUGCUUCCCCUAUCAUCUUUCUAAUCUCCCCACACCCAAUCAGUCACCCACCUCAUGUGAUAGAGUUAUUCAUUGCUCUGUCUAUGCACAAGUAUUCUGGGAUGUUAACCACUUUUCAGAAACUGAAUUAUGGGCAAGUACACUUCUCUGCCCUUUUUGAAACUGCAGUCCAGAAAUGGUGACAGAGGAAUAACAUAUCACAUGACUGCAUCUCCCUGUCAUAGAUUGGAUGCUAUGAAGAGUUUUGAACGAGUUCUUGGUCGUGUGACAAAGGUCAUACAGGGGUCAUGUGAUGGUUGGAAGCACCUUGUAGGGAUAAGAACCAAGUGCAAAUGGCAAAUGAGUCCUGGUCAUUGGCUUUGAUCUCAGUAUCAUGUGGCCUUCUCCUU